AUGGUGUCCAAACCUGAUGCUCAAACUCCUUCCUCCAAACCCGACAACAGGGCCUCAAGAACACGAGUAACACAGACACAAGGAUGGAUCGCGGCUGUAAUUGCACUAGGCUUUUCUGCUCUGGUGUUGUUCAGCAGCACAGGAGAUGCAUCGUAUACUAUCUGUUCUAAAGCGAAGAACAUAUAUACAGUGGAUGAACGCAACCCUAGAGUCGAGUGCAUUUCUGUGCGAGGAACGGAGAUAGUAAAGGUCGGGGAGUAUGGUCAAUCAUGGAGCCAGACAUACCUUGCAGGGGUCACGUCACUGUUGCCGAGCUGGCUAGCAAAGUAUUCAAGAGUUUCCGGAAGAGUUAUUCAGCUCGAUGACUCUUCUGUCUUAGUUCCAGGACUGGCAGAUGCGCACGCCCACAUCAUUGAAAAUGGGUACAUGAGGCAAUUACCCUUGAUGGGAUCUCAGUCAGUCCAAGAGGUCAUCGAGCGUAUAAAAGCAUAUAUCCUUGCUCAUCCCGAAGUGAUGAACGACAAGUCGCGAUGGAUCGAAGGAAUGGGUUGGGAUCAGACGAAGUGGCCUGGUUCUCAAUUCCCCACUGCAUCCGACCUAGAUAAAGAUCCGCUUCUGAAGGGUCGUCUUAUAUCAUUGACUCGUGUUGAUGGACACGCCCGUUGGGUUUCACUGUCUGUCCUGGACCUUAUGCCAAAUUUACCGGAGAAAGUAGGCGGAGGCUUGAUAGUACGUGAUGAACACGGCAAACCAACAGGUAUCUUUGUCGACCAUGCAAUGAGCUUGAUCCCUACGCCGCCAUGGAGUGAUGCCCAGCUCACGGAUUUCUUCGACAUGACGAUAAAAGAAGCACUUUCGUAUGGUCUAACCUCUAUACACGACGCUGGGUCAUCUCCCCAUCAAAUCGAGUUUUUCAAAAAGCGCGCAGAAGCUGGGACGUUGCCUAACAGGCUUUAUGUCAUGGGUAAAGUUGACUCUGAAGAGUACUGGGGAAACCAAAUUCCACGACUACAUGAUUACGGAAUGCAUGGGCGACUUAACAUUCAGGGUAUCAAGAUCGUUGCUGACGGCGCUCUGGGGUCGUGGGGGGCAGCGCUACUCGAACCAUACUCUGAUAAACCCGACAUGCGUGGUCUACUGCUUAGCAGCCCCGAAACGCUCAGAAAACUCGUUCAUCAGUUCUGGAAGGACGGAUGGCAGACUAACAUACAUUGCAUCGGAGAUAGAGCCAACCACGAAGUCCUGAACAUCUUCGAAGACAUUCUUGAGAAACGGGGUGGGAAUGUGACUGAAUGGCGUCCGAGGAUCGAACAUGCACAGAUAUUUACUCCCGGAGACCUUAAGCGUAUGAAACAGCUAGGAGUGAUUGCAAGUGUGCAACCGACACACGCAACAUCAGACAUGUGGUACGCCGAGACGCGUGUGGGUCCAGAUAGGAUCAAAGGCGCGUACGCCUACCAGACCUUGCUAAAGGCGUCUCCAAAUGGCGUUCUUCCCUUGGGCUCCGAUUUCCCCAUCGAAGGCGUAAACCCGCUCCUUGGGUUCUAUGCCGCAGUAACCCGGCUAUCCGUAGAUGGGACUUCCCCCCACGGCUCCGGAGGAUGGUUUACGGAUGAACUUCUGACUCGGGAACAGGCGCUUAAAGGAAUGACUCUUGACGCUGCAUACGCCGCUUUUGCGGAAGAGACGCUGGGGUCUCUUACUCCUGGGAAGAAAGCCGACUUUGUAGUGUUCGAUAAGAAUAUCAUGCAGGUUCCCGUAGGCGAUAUCUUAAAGGCGAAGGUGCUUGCGACUGUGGUGGAUGGCGAGGUUAUGUACGGCACAUUGUAA